AUGAAUGCUCCUCCGUCUGCAGACGAGUGUCCGCCAUGUCCCAGGCCGCCCCGCCGCCCAUUCUGUCCUUGGCGCCCACGCGGGCCCUGGUGGACGAGGCGUUCAGGGUGCGGGUGGAGAAUCUGCCCCCGGGCGCUCCGGUCACCUUGCGCUGUCUGCACCAGUCGGAGGACAAAGACUUCUGGGAGGCUUACGGCCACUACGUCAGCGACGCCACGGGAACCGUGUCCGUCGCAGACGAUGCGAGUUUAGGAGGAACCUACCGAGGAAUAGAAGCCACGGCUUUGCUGUGGAGCAUGCGGCCCGUUCCCGGGAGCCGAACGGGCCUCAGGCUGCGGAAGAGGGACGCGCGCAGCCCCGCGCUCUUCACCGUCUCCGUGUACGACGGCCACGUCGGCCGCGACUUCGCCGACCGUCGCCCUCUGGCCGAGGUGCUCGCCGAGAGGUGGUACGUGGCCCCGGGGGUCCGCGGGGUGGACGUCAGGGAGCGAGGCGUGCGAGGGACCCUCUUCAUCCCCUCAGGUCCGGGACCCUUCCCGGGGCUGCUGGACAUGCGGGCCGGCGGCGGCGGCCUGCCGGAGUGCCGCUCGGCCUUGCUGGCGUCGCACGGUUACGUGUCUUUGGCGCUCGAGUACUUUGCCCCCGGCGAGCUGGCGUCCGCCGACCUGGAGUUCAACUACUUUGAGUCGGCCUUCGAGCUGGUCAGGCAGCACCCGUCCGUCGUCCCCGACAAAGUGGGCCUCUUCGGCCUUUCCCUGGGCGCCACGGCGGCCAUUUAUAUGGCGGCCGAGAGCUCCGUCGCCAAGCCCGGCUGUUGCGUUUGCAUCGGCGGCGGCCAUUUUUACCCACGCGGCAAAGCCCUGAGCGGAAUCUCCCAGCCGACGAACGGGAACGUUGGCAAGCUGCGCGUGGAUGAAGAGCAAAAUCUGAUCUGGAGAGACCUCAGCCUGCCCGUCUCCAGCGACCUGUCCGGGAAAGCCGACGUGAGGAGAAUAAACUGUCCUCUCUUGUUGGUCAACGGCCAGGACGACCGGAAUCGCCCGACUUCCGAGGAUGCCGCCGAUAUGGAGCGGAUGAUGCGCUCGGUGGGGAAGCGGCGCCCGCUGAGCCGUCCGGACUAUCCCGACGCGGGACGCCCGAGCGAGCCGCCGUACUCGCCUCGCUUCCGAGCCACCGACUUCACGCGGGACAGCGAGAAAGCCAGAGUCACCCUCCUGUGGGGCGGCCGGACCAAAGCCCCCUCGGACGCCCAGGAGGACUCGUGGAAGAAGAUUUUGGCCUUCCUGCAGCAACAUCUCUAUUCGCCGCAGUAUCCCAGAGCCAGGAUGUGAGCCUUGACCCGGACCUGGACCCGGACCCGGACCCGGACCUGGAUCCGGACCUGACUGGAGAGCCUCAGGUGGCGCUGUUUCCUCUCACACACAAAAACAUGAAAGUCACGCUUAAACACUCCCAAACUGGAGGUACGCCUUAUGUCCACGACUGGUAGCAUUAGCAUUAGCAUUAGCAGCCUGGUCUUUGUCGUCAACCGUAUUUGAAGGACAAACGUCUGUAUAUCCGUCGACAGCUGUACCUGGCUAAUGUUUUUGGCUCAUUACAUGAUGUUAUAUUUUCCAUUAAAACAAAAGAAAACAUCAAAAGAUC